GCGAUAAAGGCUGGAGGGGACAAUAUAGUUCCUGUUAUUAUCUUAAUGAAUACAAUAUGAAUUGGACAGAUGCUAAGAAUUGGUGUUUGGAGAGGAGCAGUUAUCUGGUAGAGGUUGAAAGUGAUCUUGAAAACAGGUUCCUACAGAAAAUUGCUUCUGAAGCUGGAUACAAGUGCUACUACUACAUUGGUUUAAAAAGACGUUAUGCCGAUAAGACAUGGAAAUGGAUCACCAGUGGGAACUCUGUUAAUUACAGUUCGUGGUAUAAAAAUCAACCAGAUGAAGACGGCCGGUGUGGACAGUAUACCAGUGACUGGUACAAAUGGAACAAUAUCCCGUGUGACAGAAAACAUUGCUUCAUCUGCGAAAGAACUGAUAGUUGUAAACCCAGUCCAUGUUUGAAUAAGGGGACAUGUGUGCAGCAACUUAUGAAAUAUAAAUGUGAAUGUCUGCCAGGAUUUUCUGGUAAAAACUGCGAGGAAGAUAGUUGUUCACCCAGCCCAUGUUUGAAUGAAGGGAAAUGUGUGCAUGAACUGGUAAACUAUACGUGUAAAUGUCCGCCAGGAUUUUCUGGUGAAAACUGCGAGAAAGACAUUUGUUCACCCAACCCAUGUUUAAAUAGCGGGACAUGUGUGCAGGAACUGGUGGACUAUACAUGUGGGUGUCCGCCAGGAUUUUCAGGUGAAAACUGCGAGAAAGACGUUUGUUCACCCAAUCCAUGUUUGAAUAACGGGAAAUGUGUGCAGGAAAAGGUGAACUAUACAUGUGAAUGUCCGCCAGGAUUUUCUGGUGAAAACUGCGAGAAAGUGGUUCUGGAUUGUGAGCUAAGCCCCUGUCGGAAUGGAGGCACCUGUAUUCAGGAAUUGGACUCUGACCUUUGCGUGUGCAAACCGGGGUUUACUGGUGCCAACUGUGAAUACGGCGAAUGUACCACGGAUCUGUGCCACAAUGGAGGAACAUGCAUUUCAACAGUGGGUAACUACACAUGCGCAUGCGCGGAUGGAUAUACCGGGAACACGUGUGAAACACGGAUAGAUCAUUGCUCAUCCGACCCAUGUAAGAAUAAUGGUACUUGUUUAAGUGGUAACAGUGGGUUUGAAUGCGCAUGCGUAACCGGCUAUGAAGGCACCCUGUGUACCAACAGUGCUGGUAUAGUGUGUUGCUUUCAAGGAGUGUUAUUGGCCCUUGUUAUAAAGACAGUGUUGCAAAAUUACAUAUAAAGACAGUGUUGCA